UCUCUCUCUCUCUCUCUCUCUCUCUCUCUCUCUCUCUCUCUCUCUCUCUCUCUCUCUCUCUCUCAUACCAUCUGCAUAGCACACUGAACAGAGAUAAUUGCUAAACCUGUACAAGAAGAUGAUUGGACAAAGCUUCCCAGAGGAUCUUGACUGUGGCAACUUCUUCGACAACAUGGACAAUCUUCUUGACUUUCCCGGUGGUGAUAUCGACGUCGGUUUCGACAUCGGUGACUCGGACUCUUUCCCUAACAUCUGGGCUACUCAUCACGACACGUGGCCCGCAGCUUCUGAUCCUCUUUUCUCUUCCAACACAAACUCUGACACUUCACCUGAACUCUAUGUUCCGUUUGAAGAUAUUGUUAAGGUGGAAAGGCCACCAAGCUUGGUUGAGAAGAAGGAAGAUUCGUUUUCAACGAACAUGGAUUCAUCCUCUUCUCAUAGCACAUCCAGGAGCUCAAGUCCAGUGUCGGUGCUGGAAAGUAGCUCCUCAUCGUCCCAAACGACCAACACAACCUCCCUUGUCCUCCCUGGAAAGCACGGCCGUCCACGCACUAAGCGCCCUCGUCCACAUGUCCAUGAGAAGGAUGGAGUCAAAGACAUUGUUGAUUCGUGCCUCAUCGUUAGAAUACCGAAGCAUUUUCUCUCCGACCACAGCAAGAUGAUCACUAAGAAGAAGAAGAAGAAGGCUAAGGUUACUUCUUCCUCUUCUUCCUCGGGGAUUGAUCUUGAGGUGAAUGGAAACAACAAUGUUGAUUCGUAUUGUUCAGAGGGAAAUCCAGUUAGGAAAUGUAUGCACUGUGAGGUCACCAAGACUCCACAAUGGAGGCUUGGGCCUAUGGGUCCAAAGACACUUUGUAACGCUUGUGGCGUGCGUUACAAGUCAGGGAGGCUUUUCCCGGAGUACCGUCCAGCUGCUAGCCCAACAUUCACUCCAGCUCUUCACUCAAACUCACACAAGAAGGUGGCUGAAAUGAGAAGCAAGAGAUGCAAGGAUGGAAGCUACAUGACCGAAGAGAAUGAUCUUCAAGAUUUGAUUCCGAACAAUGCCUACUUUGGUGUAGACUAA